CUCUGCUUCGUCGCCGGCCCCCUGCAACGCUCCCCCUUCGUGUGUCGCAAUAAAACCAGCCGGUCUGCUCGUUUUCCGCCGACUCCGCCUCGUACGAGCACCCGCAACCAACCCGCGCCGCGCUGACGGUUCGACUUGCGUACGCCCGUAGGGCCCACGAGAACACGAGAAGCGGAUUCAUACAGCGCGAGACGCUUCACACACAUACACCCGCCAUGGCUUCCACGAACGGCGCCACGGCGCACAUGGCGACGACGACGCUGAAGGUCGAGGGCAUGACAUGCGGCGCGUGCACCUCUGCCAUCGAGUCGGGCUUCCAGGGCGUGGCAGGAGUAGGGAAUGUGUCUAUCAGUCUGGUCAUGGAGCGCGCCGUCAUCUCACAUGACCCGGAGCUGAUCACUGCCGAAGGCGUCAAGGAGAUCAUUGAAGACAGGGGCUUCGACGCCGAGGUGUUGUCAACGGACCUGCCAGUCACGCACACGACCGACGACCACUUCCUGAGCGACUCGGAGGAUGAAGAGGACGGCUUGCUGGCAAACGAUGGCUGGUCGACAACCACGCUCUCGGUCGGAGGCAUGACAUGCGGUGCCUGCACCUCUGCGGUAGAGGGCGCGUUCAAGGACGUGUCCGGGAUCAAGUCUUUCAGCAUAUCGCUGCUCUCAGAACGAGCCGUCAUCGAGCACUGGACCAAGAUCAUCACACCGGACCAGCUGGCGGAAGCAAUAGAAGACGUUGGGUUUGACGCAAAGGUGCUGGAAACCGUUGCCGACACGCCUGCGCCGAAGAAGGGCAAGAGCGCGAAGAAGCAGAGGACAAUGACUACCACAGUGGCCGUCGAGGGCAUGACUUGUGGUGCUUGCACUUCUGCCAUCGAGAACGGCUUCAAGGACGUGCCUGGCGUGUACCAGUUCAACAUCAGCUUACUCGCAAAUCGCGCGGUGCUCGUGCACAAUCCUUCAAAGCUCAGCGCUGAACAGAUUGCGGAGACUAUCGAGGACUGCGGUUUUGACGCUACCAUUUUGUCGUCAGAAGAUGCAAGCUUGCACCAGUCCUCGUCAAGCAAUGCGCCCAUCCACCUCAAGAUCUACGGCCUUCCAGACAUGGAAGCUGCGCAGGAACUAGAGGGCUUGCUCAGGAAUCGAUCCGGCAUCACCUCGGCACAGGUCAACUUUGCAACCUCAAGAGUCAUCGUCAAGCGCGAGCCUCAGGUCAUUGGGCUGCGGGCCGUCGUCGAAGCCAUCGAAGCGGCAGGCUACAACGCGUUGGUCUCAGACUCCGAUGACAACAACGCCCAGCUCGAGUCCCUCGCAAAGACAAAAGAGAUCCAAGAGUGGAGACGAGCGGUAGUCUUCUCAGCUUGGUUCGCCCUCCCAGUCUUCCUUACCAGCAUGAUCUUCCCCAUGUUUUUGCCCUUCCUCGACUAUGGCAAGAUCAGAAUCAUACCUGGUCUCUACCUUGGCGACGUUGUCUGCCUCGCUUUCACCAUCCCAGUGCAGUUCGGCAUCGGCAAGCGCUUCUACCUCUCCGCAUACAAGUCUCUCAGCCACGGAUCUCCGACUAUGGAUGUGCUGGUUGUUUUGGGUACCUCUGCAGCCUUCUUCUUCAGCGUUGCCUCGAUGCUUGUUUCGAUCUUCGUGUCUCCUCACACGAAGCCUACGACUCUGUUCGACACUAGCACUAUGCUGUUCACUUUCAUCAGCUUGGGUCGUUUCCUCGAGAACCAGGCAAAGGGCCAGACCUCCAAGGCACUGUCGAGGCUGAUGUCUCUUGCACCCUCCAUGGCUACCAUUUACGCUGACCCGAUCGCUGCCGCGAAAGCUGCAGAGGGCUGGGACGCCGUGGACGAGAAAGAUGGCCGCCCUUCAAUGGACGUCAACGCUGCUGAGGAACGGGUAAUUGCUACGGAGCUCAUCGAGGUGGGCGACGUGGUCAUCCUGCGCCCUGGUGAUAAGAUCCCCGCCGAUGGUACCGUUACGCGUGGCGAGUCCCAUAUUGACGAGAGCAUGGUCACCGGUGAGGCUAUGCCUAUCCUCAAGAAGAAGGGGGCGCUCCUCAUGGCUGGUACUGUCAACGGUGCCGCCCGCAUGGAAUUCGUUGUCACCCGUGCUGGUCGGGACACCCAGCUCAGUCAGAUCGUUCGACUGGUGCAGGAGGCUCAGACCAGCCGUGCACCGAUUCAACGCCUCGCAGAUACCGUCGCCGGAUACUUCGUUCCCAUCAUCAUCACGCUCGGCCUUGCUACAUUUGUUGCCUGGAUGGUCCUCAGCCAUAUCCUCCCCUACCCUCCUAAAGUCUUCCUCAACCAUGCUAGCGGUGGCAAGGUCAUGGUCUGCGUUAAGCUUUGUAUCGCUGUUAUCGUCUUCGCCUGUCCUUGUGCCCUCGGUCUCGCAACUCCUACCGCCGUCAUGGUCGGCACCGGUGUGGGCGCAGAGCAAGGUAUCUUGGUCAAGGGUGGCGCUGCUCUGGAAACGGCUACCAAAAUCAACCACAUUGUCUUCGACAAGACCGGCACACUCACCGUCGGCAAGAUGAGCGUCUCCAAGGCUGAGAUUCAAGGCGAGUGGGCCAGCAAGAAGAAUCUUUGGUGGACACUCAUUGGUCUGGCCGAGAUGGGCUCUGAACACCCUAUCGCCAAGGCCAUCGUCCGUUCCGCGAAGGAACAUCUCCGCCUCGGCCCUGAUGGCAUCCUUGACGGUGCUGUAGGCGACUUCGAAGCCGUGGUAGGUAAAGGUAUCACCGCCAACGUCGAAGCCGCCGUCUCCGGUCCCCGCACACGCUACAAGGUCCUCAUCGGCAACGCAACCUUCCUCCUCUCCAACGGCGUCAAUGUACCCGACCUCGUCGACGAACCCUUGACCCCUAACCCCAACGCCCGUAACCCGCAAUCCCGCUCUGCCGGUAUCACGACCAUCCACACCGCCAUCGGCACAACCUACACCGGCGCCCUCAGCCUCUCCGACACUAUCAAGCCCUCCGCACGCGCCGUUGUGCUCGCCCUCCAACGCCUUGGCAUCACAUCCUCCAUCGUCACCGGCGACACUUCCGCCUCCGCACUCGUCGUCGCAGCAGCAGUCGGCAUCGACACCGCCUCCGUGCACGCCUCCGCCACUCCCUCUGACAAAAAGGCCAUCGUCGCAGACAUGCAAUCGCGCGGCUUCUGCGUGGGCAUGGUCGGCGAUGGCAUCAACGACUCGCCCGCCCUCGCAUCCGCAGACAUCGGCAUCGCGCUGUCCACCGGCACAGACGUGGCCAUGGAAGCCGCCUCCAUCGUGCUCAUGUCCAACACGGAUCUGCUCGCUAUCCCCGCGAGUUUGUGUCUCAGCCGCGCGAUCUUCUUGAGGAUCAAGCUGAAUCUUGCCUGGGCGUGCAUGUACAAUUUCGUCGGCCUGCCGUUUGCAAUGGGUUUCUUCCUUCCCUGGGGGCUGAGCUUGCAUCCUAUGGCUGCUGGCGCGGCGAUGGCGUGCUCCUCUGUCUCUGUCGUGCUGUCUUCUUUGCAUCUCAAGUUCUGGCAUCGCCCCAGCUGGAUGAAGGUCUACCUCCUUGACCCUGGCGCGGAAUUGCCAGAGGAGGAGAAGGAGAAGAAGGAGGAGGAGAUGCAGCGAGGUGGCGUGUUCAGCGUUGCGAGAGACUGGGUCACUGAUAGCUGGGCUGCGUGGAGGAGGAACAAGGAGGAGGCGAGGUAUGUGCCGUUGCAGGAUAUGGGUGAGCGUUGAGGGAGAAGGCGUUUUUGAAGGAUGUUGUUAGAUUUUUUUUUGUUUGUUGGUUAGAUGCCACCUCUGUCGAGUAUUUCCUUGUUGUGUUUGGAGUAGUAUUUUUGGGUCGUUGUAUAUAUACCUAGACUCAAUCUAUCACGAUGACAUUCCGACCUAGCAGCUGCUCAAUCCCUGUUGCACUCUGG